AUCUCCGUCGUGUUUGUUAGCGGAUUAUUGUUUUCGGAGCUGCCUCACAUGACUUCUGGCGUUCGUUUAUUUCAUCAUUUUCAAUCAUCGAAGCUGGUGGCAGCGAAUGGAAAGUGGCGAUUUAGCGCGUGCGGCCGAAUUCCCACCACCAUCGGUCGGUUGACCGAUAUGUCAAUCGAAACAUCGCGAACUAUCCCUCACCCCGUGCCCCGUGGAACCGGGCGGAGGUCGUCCUUUUACCCCUCCAGCGGAUGACUAUCUUGCCUUGCCUUGCCUUUUGACACCUGCUAAUGAAAGAGGGAACGGCAACAGAUUGGUAUUAUUCCGGAUCGUCCGGAUCGAAUCGGAUCAAUUUGAUAGAGACUGUUACUUCACGCCCUGCUCACGGCAACCGAAAUAAACCGCGAGUCUCCUCACAGUAGUAGCCAGUGGGAUUUGAGAGGACCACCAGCCAUCUCACAGCGAAAUAGCCUCGACUUGUGUGUUCCAGUUGCGGUCACAAAAAAGCCGAGGCCGAUUGUAUGGACUCGCUGGAGGCGGUUGUAUGGAGGACUUAUUUUUUGCCAGUCGGCUUGGGCAGCAUGUCUCCAAAAUACGAAAAACCUGUUCCGCUGGGUUGUUCGAGAAAUAACCAGGCUCAUCUAAGCAACCCAGUCCGUCAAUCCUGUGUAGAUCGGGCCGCCUUACUUUUGAUGCCGAAGCGAGCACGGCAUAAAGGAGAAAUGCAUCAGACGCGAUGCACAACGUGUGAGCUAACAGCAUAUCAUCUUCACUCUCUGGAUCCAUGACCUUAAGCGACUAUCGGCAAGUUUCAGAAGAGUGGCGCAAUCGUUUAAGCAUUCAACGAAGACCGCUUUAUCCCGGAAACAACAGAAGCAACCAGAAACGAUGGAAUCUAGUUGUAUAUGCAGGAAGUUUACCACUAAACGCUGCAGACCUGUUCGGCAGGCGGAAUCGUAUUGUGCGGCACGUUAAGUGGAGCAAUAAAGCCACAACUCACGUCGGCCUCAGGCAAUACACGUCCCCGUAUAUCCAUAGCGACCCUGCACAUAGUUAACGGGCGUGCGCGCACCCGCGCUUCUGUGUCAGCUGAUGUGGCAGUGUGAUAAAGAAACUGUCCCUCGAAUGCUUUGCAGAUGCUGCUAUUGUGAACGAUAAAUGCUGCCACGGCUCGGGCGAAUUAUGCGUCGGGGAAACUUUUGAUAAAAUAUAGCUUGAUUGACGCACGCAAAUGCUGUCCGGAGCGUCAUAGCCCUCGGCUAGAUACGCUUGAAGGGCUCGAAGCUCCCUGUCGGUUCGGUGGCCAUGGAUGGUGUGAUGCUGCAAAUCCGACUGUCCGUAGUCCGUUGGUGGGGCCUUGCUACUAACAAUUUAAAUCCACCAUUCGAAGGUCCAACCCCUGCGCACGCUUUGCUGUAGGAACCGGGAGGGGUAGUGUUGGAAAUCUUCUCGCCAACUGUUAAGGCCAAGCAUACGCAAGCAUGUCGAUACCACCGAACAUCGAGGGUGUUGGGGGGUGAUGGUUUAGCGCUAACAAGCCUUGUAGUGCAGUUUAGUAUUUUCUCCUGUCCGUCUGUGCAGAAUAAGAAGUGGUGUUCGACAUGCUGCAGUUCGAUGGAGUAGUAACCUUGAAACAGUCGCGCAGUCUCCUUUGCCUCGAUUCCUUUUCAUGCGCUUUUACUGUUUUGUUUCGAGAAGGCACUAGUAGUCACCGAUUUAACAUAUUUAGUAUUUAUUCAUCAUCAUAGCUACCAUUGCCAGCACGAGAGGGGAAAAGCAAAUGAUCAACGCAGGCGCCACUACAAUUGAAAAGAGAUUGAAGAUUCAGAUGAUUGUGGCUUCCAUGCGGAAUGACGCAGUUGGACCUGUUUUCUUAUCGUAAUGCCGGAGGGGUUUGUUUUUGCCAGCCGCAGCGCCACCAAGUCAUACGAUCAUCACGCGAUACAGCUGUUUUGCCCAUCUCGCGACCAAAUCUUCCUGGUCGAGUCGUGUGCGUAGUGUUCUUUGCAGCCCGCAUAUGAAUUGCCUAUGCUGCCACUAACGCAUUUGAAUUGCCGGGAUGGUAUGUUCAUGGGUUCAUAUAUUGUGUUCCUUUUGUGUUGUUCUUUCCUAUUAGAAAAUUUUGCAAUGUAAAAUAGACAAACGCCCUUCUUCAGAGUGGUGCUGUCAGCGGUAUAACUGUUGCAUUAGUUAAUUGAUUUUCGAUCCUGUACAUUAGGGACUAAUCAACAUCGUCAGCGUCUUGAGUCAAGGCCAGACCAAGGGAACUGCGCGUAUUCGGCGUAUACUCUACAAAUGGUUCCAAAUAAUCUACAAGAAAACGAUGACGUGUGCUAUUGACGACACAGCCAGGGACCUUUACUGACGUAUCUUGGACAGGCUUAUCGUUCCCAAUUAGAAUACAUUAUAGUGUAAAAACGGUUUGGCCUUAACUCGCUUGCAGAUAACGGGUCAGGUAACAUCCGCUUUGCCUUGCUUAGCUAGCUCCUGGCCAGCGGGA